AUAUACCGAAGCUCUCCUACUUAGUUCUUCGCACAGAAGAUCUACCCGCUCUAGUCACUUUGAAGCAGAGCAGAACUUCAAGAAACCCUUUUACUCAGUUCUCUCCGGCAACAAGGGAAGCCCACCUCCGUCAAAUCUUUCGCAGUUCCAUCAUGAAGCAAAAGUUGGUGCUGAAGGUGGACAUGUAUGAUGAGAAGAGCAGGUCUAAGGCCCUCAAGACUGCUGUUUCUGCUGAAGGUGUGCUGUCGGUAGCUUUGGAUGAGAAGGACAAAGGCAAGUUGGUAGUGAUAGGCGAGGACAUGAAUGCAUAUGAACUGGUGACCUCCCUAAGGAAGAAGAACAUCAGGGUGGAGAUGGAGAGCUUAGAAGAAGCGAAGAGUGAGAAAAAAGAGGAGAAGAAGCCCGUGGAGCAGUGGCCGUAUGUUUACCAUCCCAAUUUACCACAGCAUAUCGUGUACCCUCUUCCUGCAGUCAGCAACUACGGCUACAACUCCGACCCUUGCUCUAUUAUGUAGCAGGCAUAUACCAGUAACUAGGCUCGUUUUUGUUACAGUUUUGGGUGCCAAGUUUCCAUGGCUCCCCUCCUGCAAGCCAGUGUUGUUAAAAGAGAUGACAAAUUGUUUGCAAUGACCGGUUCUUUUUCGAACGCAGAGUCCAAUUCAAGGGAGACAUGUAGCACCGUCUUGAGGAUUUCUGUAUAUUCAUCUUUUGGUUUCCAGCUAUCUGGUGUUCUAUAUAAAAAAUAUAUAUCUUAAGUUUGAUCGA